CCGCUUCCGGCGGGAGUUGUGAGGACGGCUGCAGCUAUGACCAGGUGGGCUCGGAAAGUCGCCGCUGCGGGCGGCAAGGCGCUGAAGUCUACGCCCUGGGAGGAGAUGGCGGCGGGGCCCGCGGAGGGCGGGCCGGAGAGGAAGAAUAAAAGGAAAAAAACGUACCAAAACGAAGACGUCAAUGGGUUUGCGGCGUACCUGAAGCAGGCGGGGAACGGCCGGGGGCGGGAGGAGGAGGAGGCGGCGGCGGCCGCCCUGAAGAAGGACCGUAGGCGGGAAGGCAGGAGGCUGAGGAGGCAGGAGGCAAGGAAAAACGCCAUGGUAUGUUUCCACUGCAGGGAACCUGGCCAUGGUGUUGCCGAUUGUCCAGCUGUACUGGAAAGUCAAGAUAUGGGUACAGGAAUCUGUUACCGGUGUGGAUCCACAGAGCAUGACAUUGGCAAAUGCAAGGCAAAGAUAGACCCAGCUGUUGGUGCGUUUCCAUAUGCAAAAUGUUUCAUCUGUGGUGAGAUGGGACAUCUAUCAAGGUCAUGUCCUGACAAUCCCAAAGGAUUGUAUGCCGAAGGUGGCUGCUGCAGACUUUGUGGCUCUGUCGAGCAUUACAGAAAAGACUGUCCGGAAAACCAGAACUUAGACCAGGUUACAGUUGGGCGAUGGGCCAAUGGAAUGAGUGCUGAUGAUGAAGAAACAACAGAAACAACCAAGCUACAGAAACCCAAAGUGAAAGUACUGAAAGUUAUUAAUUUUUGAAAGCCUCCUUUGGGUGCUAAACUGCAGUGGUUGUGCACUGCUUCACUUCAGUGAAGUGACUGCGUAGAGUGGAUUGCUGCUUCCUGAAAACCAAGCACACUGCUGCUGCUGGGUCUGUAUCCCUGCUUUUUUCAGUUCAAUUCAGAUUUAUCCAGCAGACUGAAAAUCUGGGAACAACAGAAAUGCAUCAAGAAGGUGUUUAUUUAUAUAUAUAUAUAUAUAUAUAUAUAUAUAUAUUUUUUUUUUUUUUUGCAGGAAAGCAUUUCUUCUGCUAAUUCUCUAAAGAGGAAAGUUGGUUUUCUCUGCUAACAUGCAGUGUAGUUGCAGUGAAAGCAUAGGGAUACGUGCAUUCUGUCACAGGGCUUUAUGACCACUCGAUUUAGGUGAUCAGUAGCAUUACCUUAAGGAUGUUGCUGUAUUGGAGACGAAUACAAUUAUGCUGAUCUUAAGCCUCUCUUUCUUUGAAAGGGGUUGCAGGCAUUUUCUAAAUAUCAAUUGUAUUCUAGAUUGGUUUUGUUUCUUUGAAUGAUUUUGUGCAGUGUAUGUGCACACUUGAGCUGUCUGACAGCUAAGUUAUCAGGUAAAGCUACACCUUAUGUGACUUGAGCUUUCUACCUGGAGAGCUUGGGGGUACAAUUCCUGCUAUACAUGAUGGAUCAGUUAGUGUGUACAAGCAAUAAUCUGAUAGAUUAUGCAUGUUUAAUUACCUGAGUACUUCACCAGUAAGCCAAAUCAUGCUCUUUCUCAGAUAUGCGUUAUGAAACUCACUUGAAAAAGAGAGCCAUUAGAAUCGUGUGUUCAACCCCUGGCUCCAGACAGGACCUCUCAAAAUCCAAACCCCAUGACAACGAGAGCAUUGUCCAAAUGCUCCUUGAGCUCUAGCAGCUUGGGGUUGAGCCCCCUGCUCUGGAGAG